ACUUAGAUCACUUCAGAUAAAAUUGGGUUGCACCAUUCCAAGUUUGCUAAGGUAUUUUAAGAAAAAUUAAAAAAAAAUCAUGAAAAUUGUGUUUGAAGAUGUCAUUUUCAGAAUAAUACAACCCUGACAUCCGCUACUGUUAUUAGUAGCCUGAUAUUAAAAACUUGCAUAACAUCAGCGCUCACGAUGAGCAGCUUAUAGAAAGUAAGGUAGUUUGUUAUAUCGUAUUUGAAGAAAGUUGUAUUUUUAAAGACAAUUGUUCAAAGAAAUACGUGUCAAUAAUAAUAAUAAAAAAAAAAUAUUAAAAGCUUUACAUAUUCAUUAUGGAUUGAAAAAAAAGUUCAACACUCUGCAAAGUCGCUUCAUUGAAGACUGCUUAUGAUAUGCAGAUACAGGUGGAUACUGUUAUGGAAAAGUUUUAUACUAAAUUUACUUUUAAUGUGUUAUAAAAAUGCUAUUGAUUUGCUAGAUAGCCUUAACUCUUGAAAUAAGAAUAAAAUGUGUAUAUGAAUAUAUAUUAUAAGAUAUACCCAAUGUUAAGUCUUUAUACUGCUUACAUUUUACUGUCAACUCAUACUUCAUACUGCACUUCAUUAAAGAGCAGUAAUUUUUUUUAAUUAAAAUCCAUACAAUUAUUAUGCAGUUAGGAUAGAUAAAAAAUGGUAUUUUGCUACAUAUGUAAUGGGGAUGCUUCUCAAUCUGGCACCAUUUGCACAUUAUGCAAUUUACUGAUUGAUGUAAAAUGUCAUGGAGGAACAAUUGGAGAUGGGUAUGUUGUUUGCAGAAAUUGCUGUGGUGUUACCAGCCCAAAUUCAUUUAUUGAAAAAGAUAAAAUUGUUGCUAAUGCUUUUCAACAAUUUACUAAAAGUUUAAUUGAAGAAGUUGCAUCCUCUCGUGCCCUUAAAUUAAUAUUUUCUGGAGAAAGAUAUAGUUAUAGACACAACCUUUUUAAAAAAGGAGGCGCUGCUAAAAAAACAAUGAGUGACGUUCCAUUAUUAGAUCUGUUAUCAGAAAAACAAGCAGACAUCCUUUCAGCUGCAAUGGGGAAAAACUUUCAAUUUAAGUUCAAUAACUAUGUCUACAAAGUUUUAAUGCCUGAAGCAAUAAUUCAAAUGUUUGCCAAAGUUCAAGGCUGGUCACAGAUUUAUUCUGAAGUAUUCCUAAAUACUUAUAUCAAUGAAAGAGAUAAAAAAGAAGAUAUCGUUGAAACUAGUUUUUCAUCUGAUCAAUGUAGUGAAUCUGAUUGUGAAGAUUCAUUCCAGAACAUGAUUGAAACUCAAAGAAAAGAAGCUGAAUUAAAAAAAGUAGAAAAUUUAAAAAGAUGGUCUGAAUACCUGAAGCCGAGCACUUCUGGAAAGUCGAUUUUAGCCAAAGAUGUUUGGAAAAUGGUUAAUAAUCAAAAAGAUGAUUCGAUUCAAUGCAACAGAAAGUUAAAAAGAUCGUUUGUGGAGACUAAUGAGACCUUGUCAAGUUUAAGGAAUACAGAUAAAGGUUUCCAGUCUGAUAUAAUAAGUGGUCUGGAAGAAGAAAUAGAAAUACUACAAAGCAAAUUAAAAAAAGCUGAAAGAGCAGCCGAAAGAGAAUAUAUGUCAGACAGUAGCAAUCAAUCAUUGAUAAAUACAAAUAAAACUAUUAAAAUCACACAAAAAAAAGACUUUCAAAACCUUUUUAAAAAAAGAAAAGAUGAGCAAAACAGAAAAAAAGUUCGAGCUUGUCUUGAAAAGUAUGUGGGAUCAUCAGAAACUGUUAAAUCAAGAAAUGCUAAAAAUAAUUGCAGGGUUUUUGAUAUUAUUUGUCCUGAUUGUGAAGUGAAGCAAACUCGUUUAUCUAAUCACUUAAUUUCUAAACAUCAGUUUUCAAAAGAUGAUGCAUCAUUAAAAGAAAGUGAACUAAGAGUUUUGUUUUUAUGGGCACAAAAAAAUAAACAUGGUGUAGCAAAGCCACUGCCAUGCCUUUUGUGUUUUAAAUGGCACCUGCGUUUAGAUAGCCAUCUCAGAAACAAGCAUAAAAUGAACAAAGAUCAAAUAGUAAAGGUUACUUCUGAAGCAAGACAAAAAUAUUGGUUAUUUGAUUGUAUAAAUCAAUCUAGCUCUUGUACUCAACUUGAUAGAAACAUUGAAAAAGAACUAAAGUCAACUGAAAAUACAAAUAGUGAAAAAUAUCAAAGCUUUUUAACAUAUACACCAAUUGGUGCCAAAAGAAUAUCUAAAGAAAAAAUGAUUGAGUGGGAUAUCCAAAAUGAAAAUUUCUCAUUAUGUUAUGAAAAUGCUUCAGAUCUACUAGAUGGUUUUAAAAGUGAAUUAAGCAAGCGACAUCCAAUAAGCAGAGCAUUAGCUUAUCGCAACCAUGUUGAAUCCAUUUGGUUUGUUAUAGAUGGACAAAUGAACAUUUAUCCAAAAUCAGCUUUCAGUAAUGUUUUACUAGUUGAAGACAUUUACCAUAAUCCUAGUGUUACCCAAGUUAAUAAUGGUGGAAACGAAGCAUCUAGUUUAAGAGUUAAGUUUGUUGCUCUCAGAUUAUUUUUGAAGUUUUCUCUUAGAAGGCAUGUGUUUAUAGGGCUCAAACGAGAAGAUAUAAAUAACUUGAGAGAAUAUAUGGAGGAGUGGAAUUCAGAUCUAACGAAGCCAAUAGCACAAAGAAAAACUGACAUAAGAAAAAUCAAACUCAAAAGACUGAUGACUCCCUCACAUAUGAUAAAGUAUGGGCGGUCAGUUCAUGUUCAAGGAAUAAUAAAAUCUUUGAAUAAGAAAAUAAAUUGUAAUGAUAACAAGCUUAAACUUACAAAAAGAUUUUCACAACAAGUUCGUGAUUAUUUGAUUGCAAAUAUUUGCAUUAUGAAUGGCUUACGUGCAUCAAAUAUUAUAGAACUACGAACACAAGAUGUUUUUGACGCAACUACAAAUCCUGAAUACCCAGGCUAUAAAGUUUUUGUAAAUUCUACAUACAAAACAUCUACAAUUUAUGGAGAAAAAGUAAUUGCUUUGCCUAUUGAUAUAUUCAAGCAUCUAGAGUUUUAUAUAAAAGAACUAUUGCCUAUAUUAAAUCAAUCAGAAGCGUCCUUUUUAUUUAUUUCAUCUGAUGCAGAAAAAAUGACACAUGGUGCAAUAGGAAGUGCUUUAACAUCAACAUUUAGGCAAGCUCUGGUGUUUGGUGCUACAGAGUACCCACGAGUUUGUCCUACAAGAAUUCGCUGUUCAUGUGCAACAUUUGGCUGCAAAAGUGAGGGAAUUGAUAGUGGAUAUUUUGCAAAGCACUUUAUGAAGAAUAAAGAAGACACUACACAAAUUCACUAUAAUCUUUUCUCAAAUCAUAGAGAAGCUUUAAAACUUGCUAUGAUGGUUGGAAAUACAUUUGAGGUAGGUGAUUUUAAAAAAGUUCUGGAAAAAAAUGAAAUUGAAGAUCUAACCAAUUCUAUAUAUGCUGGUGAGAAAAAUAUACCUUCAAAGGAACACAUAGUUGAGUGGUUAAAUUUGAAAGAAAAUGUUGGUUCAAAAGAAAUGUCAGAAAUAAUGAAUAUAUUAAAAGAAACUGAAAACAAUACUUCUUCAUUUUAUGCCAAUAAUAUACAAGCCGAAAGUUCAAAAGAUCUGUCUUUAGAUGAGCAUUCAGAUUCAGAUAUGUCAAGUGUAUCAUGUAACAAGGAUGAAUUGACUAUUAAUGGUUCAAGUAACCAUUUAAUGAGAAUAGAUAGGAAUGAAGACUACAUAGCUUUGUCUGAUUCUGAACCAACUAUUCUAGGAGACAGAAAGUCAUUAGUUUGUUGCAAAACAAAAAUAUAUCCAAAGAGAAACAGAAAAUCGAGAUUUGAUAUAGAUGUUUUAGAAGAACAAAAAGUAGAAGAAGAAGAAGAAGAAGAAGAAGUAGAAGAAAAAGAGAAUUUUGAACUUGAAAUUUUGAAGCCAGAUGUGUUACUUCCUUCUGGAAUUUUAAGAACUUCAAAUCCUAAAUCUACAAAUUUAAAUUUAGAUGCCAAGAUAGAAACUAUACUACAAAAGUUUGAUGUUACGCAUAAGGAUGAUUUGGUAAAGGGGAGAAAGCACAGGAAAUCUUUGUUUUUAAUUUUAACUCAACUAUGCGAAAAGCUCAUAACUAGACGAGAUUAUGAAAACAUUUACAAAACUAGAACAUUUACAGCAGAAGAGGUAAAAGCAUGUCUAAGCAAAGAGUCAUGGGCGGAAGCAAUUUUUCAAUCAAAUGAUGAGCAUUUUUGGAAAUUUUUAGUUUUGAACAUUUGCCAAAAAAGAGCAACUUGUAUUGCAAACAAUCAAAUUUAUAAACUUAAAAAAUGGACUGAUGAUUCUAAAAAGUUGUUCAGCUGCCUAAAAAAUAUUACUUAAAACAUUAUGAUUAUGUAUUUAUAAUGAAGAUAAGAGAUUAAAUAAUUUUAGAGUGUAAUUUAGAGUCAAUU